CAUGCAAACACAAUUUACCAUAUUACAAAACCGUAGAAAAUUCUCACGAAGAGGCGAUCAAACAAUAAAGAUUUAGGAUUAUAUGACUACAAUUUACAUGCUGACACCGUGGACUGCCUGCGAGAAUCGUUAAACGAUCUGUUGAGCGAUCAUUCAACUUUGUUUUAUACCUUGACAGUAACCUUGGCCUCUGUCACCACUGGCUCAUCUGGAAUGAUCUUAUUGGCAGCUCUGACAAGGUCCUGCCAAUCAGACUGCACAUUCUUGGCGCCAUCCUUGACAGUCUGCUCCACCUUGGUGCUGUUCCUGUCAUUUUGUAUUACGGUACAUGUGGUAUAUCAUAGCACUUACUUGACAAGGUCUUGCCACUUCUGCUGAGCAGCGAUGGCAGCUGAUUUUGCACGUGACUGUUGGGCCCUGAGGGCUCCACGCGGGAUGCGAUUCAAAGUAGAAGUAAACAUCUGUAGCAACACCACUGUCACACACCCUGAAGGAGCCGCAUCCCCGGUUCCAUUGCGCUAUGGAAAACAACAGGAGAAUAUGAAAGAAACACAGGGGAAAGUGACUAAAAACGACGUGGCAUGUGCAAUCUAUCACAAUGAAGGAUACUUGAGACAUCAUGCUGGCUACAAAGCCUUUCAAGGAUAUGAUCACGUGCUUGCUGGGUAUCCAUGAAACACUCUUGGGGACCUACGCGGUCACCCCCCUUAUCUCUUUCAUCAAAUGAGUUGCAUCUCGUCUGAAAUUGAGUUUCUCUAUGUUUUUCUCGUAUGGUGAUCGUAUGGCAUUCAUUUUUCUCAGCCUUCAGGACUAUCUUACAAAACACGCAUCUGCCACCUUAGGUGUACAUGCAAGUAGCUGCUCCUAGCCAUGUUAUUCGAUUCCUUGCACAAUCUAUCUUCAUGCACAAGUAGCUUUGUAGCUAAUCGUGUUGGUUACCCUUGUAUCCUCCUCCUGCCUCUUCUC